AUGGAUGCGGAUAAGGGAUUACCAGCUUUGAUUGCAUUCGAUUUGGACUACACACUUUGGGACCUAUGGAUUGAUACACACGUCACAGGACCGCUCAAGGCUUCUGGCUCGCCGAAUCUUAUUCUCGACCGAUUCGGCGAACCCAUAUUCUUUUAUCCAGACGUACCCGGCAUCCUCCAUGAAGUUCAUGGCAAGACAACUCUUGCACUAUGUUCGCGAACAUCUGCGCCUGAUCUUGCCCGAGAAGCGUUGCGACUUUUGAUGAUCCCGCCUGCUAGUACUGGUGGCUCUAAUGCCUCGCCGACGCCUGCAACCGAAUUCUUUACUCAGAAAGAGAUUUAUCCAGGUAUCUCCGUCAAAGCUACCUUGUGGACGAUACCGACCAAGUUUCAGGAUCCAAGAUACAACAUUUCCGAGCUCUUCACAAGAAGACGGGCAUACCCUAUUCAGAGAUGGUACUCACUACGACCAUACUCUGAACCAGGACUAAUAUAUCACCCAGCUGUUCUUUGA